CCGACCUUCUAUAAAUGGAAAAUCGCUAACAUACCUAGCUAGUUCAUGUGCAUGGGUAAUAUACUAUCUAAAGAAGUACUAUGUACUAUACUAUGUAAUGUACCAUUAAUAGAGCAUCUGGUCGUGAUACUCUCAUCGAAAUAGGUAUACUUAGUAGCUAUUCAGCUCAUCAAAGGUUUCUUACCUACGAAUAUGUAUGUAAGAUUGUAAGAUAAGGGACGUAAUGGAAAGUAUGGCGAGAGAAAUGUUACCGCCGAGUGGCCUGGAAGUCCGGAAGGCAGAGAUAUUGGAUAUAAGCGACAGCGAGCUUAAUGCCGAUAAACUUAACGACCGAAACGAAUUGACCUUGAUCAUCGUCCGUGCGAUCUCAACCGUGCUCGGCGUGAGUGUGGAUGAGAUCCACUCCACCGCAGAUACCACAACAUUUAUUAAACUUGGAGGUAACUCGCUAUCCGCCAUUCUCAUCUGUGCAGAAUGCCAAAGAAAAGGAAUUUUAAUACCAGCUGGUGUGUUCUUGCGGAUAUCAACCGUGAAUGAGGUCAUAACGACAGCUGCAGGCUUGGCUGAGCGUAUACCAACGCCUAUUCCGACUAUCAUAGUAACGGAAGAUACCAGCGACAAUACCGAAGGUGAUAUCAGCAGCGAUGACGCUUCAUCUAUACAUACCACGAUCACGACACCGGACCCAGAAACUGAAGACUCAUCCCAGCUAAGACAUGGAAAGAAUAUCGUCACGGUGGAAAGUCUCCUAAGCAAAAUUGACCCGGACGAAUGGACGGAGCCGCAGUUACUCCUACUUCGCGAAACCUCCCAGAAUCAGAAGUUGAACAUAUUGACCAUACACGAAUCUUACGCGGGUGACUGGGAUGCCCAAGUCCUUUGGGACGCGUGGGCGAGUACGAUUCUAGCGGAGCCGAUAUUUAAGGACCUUCUUCGUGACUUAGACGUCUUACCACAGCAAUUUUUGCUCAGGAAGAUCGUCCAAGUUGAGAGCGAAGAUGGUUUUCGGAGAGAAAUUCGGAGUGCGGUUAACGCAGUAGGUCCCAUAACUAAACUUACAGUCGUACAAUUCUCUACAUCAUCGGAAUCAAACAGUACAUCGAAAACUACUACCGUUAUCUGGCGUGUACACCAUGCGUUUAUGGACGGGUAUUCUGCUCGUAUCCUGCGCGAUAAAAUCGCACGUACCUUGCGAGGAGGGGAAUUCGGCAUCACUGCGGGCCCGUCAUUUAAGGAGACGGUACGAUCGCUGCAAGCCUUGCGAGAAGAAAAAAGCGAGUCUACGAGACGCUUCUGGGAUGGCAAACGGGAGAAAUUCCCUGCUGCAAUUGGAGAGCUGCGCCUAAGUCCUCAGAGAGUGGUGAAGGCUGCGGAAGUAUCUCCACAGAAGUCUCUCACGAUCGAAUUCCCCAGCGAGCAAUUAGCAGCGGCCGUAGCGCGGACGGGAUAUACCGCCACGGUAUUCUUGGCUGCAGCAUGGGCCCUGACUCUUGGAAAGCUCAUGGAUGCUGAUCAGGUCUGCUUUGGAAUGGUAUUUUCGGGGCGCGACUUACCGAUUCCUGGGGCAUUCGACGUCGUCGGGCCCCUGAUUAACAUUUUGCCGCUGUUCCUACAUGUGCCAGAGGAAGACGACGAGAUUUCCGUAGAAGGAUUCCUACGACGUAUUCACGCCGAUAUUCUCGACCUUAACAAUGUUCAGCAUUCGGACAGUACGGAGGGAUUUGAUAGGAAGUUCCAUUCCAUCAUGGCCACGCAAUUCGAAUGCGAUGAGGAGAAAUCACCAAGCCCAAUACCGGUCGAUCGAAAACGUCCUGACAUGCGAUCGGGAAUUCCUCUCAACAUCAUUAUCGAGGAUGAAUGCCGCUUACAGAUGUUUUAUUCGACCGCGCAUUUCGCGGAUGAAGACAUGAAUAAUCUGCGGUCCGUAUUCCAAAACAGUAUGAACUGUCUUCUACAAAAUGAAAAUGAGAAACAAUUAGUGUGGCGCAUGAACGAUGCGCUACUUCCGUAUGAGAUGGAGCAGACAAUCAGAGCAUGGAGUAAUUGCGCCUCUCCCGAGACCUUGGACGAGUCUAAGGGGGACGACCUAGUGACGCUCUUCGAAAACGUCGUAGCGAGACAGCCUAACGAAUUCGCAGUUAUCCACGGGGAAGUCAAAGUGUCCUACGGCAAGCUAGAUCAGGCGUCAGGUGUAAUUGCGCGUAAAUUAAGCUGGAUUGAACCUAACGAAGCCGUCUGCGUGUAUGCCGACCGAUCGGUAAACUGGCUCGUCGCCAUCUUUGGCGUGCUGAAGGCGGGCGGCGUGUACGCUCCCCUAGACCCCUCGGCACCAGUGUCCGUGCGGCGUGCGAAUUUCAUUCGGAGCGGGGCGCGCGCUGUGCUUGUUCCCUCGCGUGCUUCUUCUCAGCAGGUUGUUUCAUCGCGGCAGGAAGAGGAAGAGGAGGAUGCGACCCCCUUUCAAUCUUUGGUAUUGGCUGUUGAUGAACUACUCGCGACAAAUGACACCCAGGCACGCGAUAGCUUCUCGGCAUAUUAUCCAAGGAGGCGCAUUGCCCGCCCGGACGAUCUCGCCUACAUCUGCUUCACUUCAGGCUCGACGGGGCAGCCUAAGGCCGUACAAUGUACUCACAAAGGUCUGGUGGCCUUUCAGAAGGACCGAGCAGUUCGUCUAGGUGCUUCGAAAGGCGUCGUUAUCGCGCAGAUAAUGUCCCCCGUCUUCGACGGUAGCAUACACGAAAUCUUCUCCGCAUUGACCCACGGCGCCACGUUGCGGUUAGCGUCGCCCAACCAUCAGGGAGACCCCUUUUCGCAUUUGCGGGAUAGCGAUGCGGCCAUUCUAACUCCCUCCAUCGCCAAGGCACUUGAUCCAAACCAGUAUCCUCGGCUUAAGCAUGUCUACCUUGUUGGCGAAGCUGUUCCUCAGUCCCUUUGCGAGUCUUGGGCUCGGGACCGCUCGUUGUAUAAUAUGUACGGGCCAACAGAGGCAACUUGCGGCGCGACAAUCAAGCAGCUGUUUCCGAAUCAAGCUGUGUCUCUUGGUCGGCCGAACCCCUCGAGCAGGGUGUACAUCCUUGAUCAUAAUCUUCGCCUCCUUCCGCCCGGCGCGGUAGGCGAGUUGUACAUCGCGGGUAUACAAGUAUCGCGUGGGUAUAUCAAGCUGCCAGAGCAGAACGCAAGUCGCUUCCUGGAAGACUCGGUAAUGCCUGAGACGGGUCAGAAGAUGUACAGAACUGGCGAUUACGCUUAUUGGAACAGCACGACUGGGGAGAUCUGCAUCCUUGGGCGCAAGGAUAGGCAGAUUAAACUAAACGGCUUCAGACUCGACCUUGACGACUUGGAAGCGCGAGUUGUAAAGGCCAUUCCUGGAUGCAGAGGUGCUGCUAUCUUUCGACGCGACGACCACUUAGUAGCGGCAUACCAAACUACAUCGCGUGAUGCAGUCAACGCAAUAGACGUGAAGGCAUACAUCAGCAACGCUUUGCCACCAUAUGCUAUGCCACGGAGGAUCGUCGCAUUUGACGAGUUCCCGCUUACCGCGGCGGGCAAGCUUGAUUAUAAGGCGAUCGAAAAGUUUAUCAACGCAAGUAUUGCAGAUACGAAGAUAGUGCCCCAGCAUCAAAAGAGGGCUAUGAGCGCAACUGAGAAGAAGGUCGCGGAUGUCGUUCGCGACUUGAUGAGGCUUGAUCCGAGCGUUUCUGUCGACCAGGACUCCAAUCUCACGGAACUUGGCUGCCAUUCCAUCUUGCAGCUCCAAUUGGCCAGUCGAAUAUCCUCACUGAUUCAGCGACAAUUUCCUGUACGAAAAGUCAUUGAAAACCUUGUGGUAUCACGUCUGGCAUCUGCCAUUGAUGAUUCGAGCGGAGAAGAGACUCAACUCGAUGCAAAUAUAUCAAGACAGCCGUUGAAUCUUGUUUACGAUAGUAUGAAGACUCUCGGAGACCACGGGGUAUCGCCCAUCGAGCGUGACUGGUUUUUGAAGUAUCAAAAAAACCUCGGGACAUCGUCGUUCAACGUCUCCCAUGUCUCCGAGUUUGAUGCGUUCUUUGACCAGCACCAAGCCUUAGUGUCAGCUUGGAAUACGGUCCUUGCAAGACAUGAGAUCUUGCGCUGCAGGUUUCGAUUAUCUGAAAAUGGGAGUGUGGAGAGGUCCUAUGCAGUUGAGCCUCCUAAAGUUCUAUACACGGAGGAUUUCGACGUCCGCGCCGAGAUCAACAAGGAGUUCUCGCUCGAGACAGAAAACCCAAUCCGAGUAUUAGUGUCGAAAGACCGUAUGUUGGUUUGUGUGAGCCAUAUUAUAUGCGACUAUACCACUUUGGACUGCCUUUUCGAGGAGCUUACUUCCAUGUAUCUUAAUAUUGAUAAAGAAGAAUCGCCGUUAGUCACUCAGAAACGUUAUCAGGAAACGACAUGUUGGAAUCUCGAAGUCGAUCAAGCUACCGUAGAUUUCUGGAAGUCCUACCUGUCCGGCGUCGACUUUACAGGAAUAUCUCCUUACAUGAGAGCGUCUCGGACCUCAUACUACGGCGAAUCGUUCUUAUUUCGACUCUCGAAGAACGCGAUGCCAAGCCUUCAGACCGUCUCGCGAUCAAUGCGCCUAACUCUACACCAGAUCGCACUUGCGGUCGUGUCAUUGGUGCUUCAGAUCGAUAGCCCUACAAAGCAAGACUUGGUACUCGGCAGUCCUUACCUUGGGAGACAAGAAGAUGACAUGCGCACUGUCGGAUUAUUCUUACAACCUAUUCCGAUUCGUAUUCGGAGACAAUCGGACCAACAUGAUGACGACGACUUUAAAGAAGCUCCUUUAACGACUUUCCUCCAGGCUGUGCAACAAUCCUCGCGGUCCGCUCUCGGCCACGCCGUCGAGUGGAGCUCUCUAAUGAAGAUCCUUUCGUCCUCGGACGACGAAAACUUGCGUGCAGCCGCGGCCACCGCGAUUCCUAAUAACCCGCUCUUCGACGCCAUGGUCACGUUCCACGAGCCUAGCACCACCGGGAAGUCUUCGUCGUCUGCUAUUCCGGGGAUCCAACCGCUUGUCAAUUGGGCAAACGGCGCCAAGUUCGGUAUCAUGUUCGAGUUUUCGGCUAUCAGCUCGUCGACAGUGACACUGCGCGUGGAGUACGACACGGCGAAUUUCUCGUCGGAUGAGGUGCGGCUUUUUGUUGCGCGAAUCGAUGCUGGGUUCAGGUAUUUAUGUGAGAAUCCGACAUCUGGUACUCUUGGGGAGUUGGAAGGGAAACUUUCGGGUGUUGGAUUUGAGGGGUUUUCGGACGGAGAUGGAAGCACCUCUACCGGUAUCGAAGUGGUGGAAUUCGGUACCCCUAUCGCGGCUUUGGCAUGAGGAACAGUCGGUGGGUGCUUAGUUGACGAAAAUCUGAUCGCCAUGGCGUUUGGAGUUAAGGCUGUGCUCGCUUUAUGGUAGGGAUGCGAUACCAUUUUCGUAGUUUCCUAUCACAAGUCUUUUUUUUGUCAUGUUAAUCUUUAUCUC